CCAAAAUGCAAAUAUUCCCGCUUUAUCAAUUACUUCUACUCAUGGCUCCAAUAAUCACAGCUUCCAACAAAUGUAGACCAGGACCCGUUCACAUGGAUUUAGGCGAAUCAAUCCACAACAUCCCAAGAGAGCAGAGUCAAAGCCCGGAAUGUAUAUUUGAUUACACGAAAAGUUUAACCGACAAAAUAACUGAGGCAGGUGACAUAUCAAAUAUUCGAGUCAAAGUCAAAGUUCUCGUAAAACGGUGCACGAAUUGUACACGCUACCCCAUCAUCUUUACUCUCAGACAGCAGGAUCAAUUCAAAUUGAUCAAACUACCUUGGCUAUUGGGAAAUUAUACUUAUGGAAUUAACGAAACAUGGAUCUAUGAGUCUGGAGGAUCGUUAUGUUUUACCCCUUCUUCUAUUGAGGAAGUAGGCAAAUUAAUUGUAACCGUGGAAACGGAGGGGGUAGGGGUUGGAGAUAAUUGGUUUCAAUUAAAUGUCCAAGUAUCGCAGGACCUUAAACUUGUAUUAAACAAAGGAAUCACGACUGAUACCUUGUCCGGGACAAUCUCCUCGUAUUUCAUCUACAAUUUUUCUGAUCCGGAAAACAAUGCGGUUAAAUCGGUAACUGUUGUUACCAAGAGGAUCGAUACGGUACCUUGCGCAGUAAUUUCCGUACAGAGUCCCUAUGUAAGAUUGUUUUAAGGUUUUCUUACGAUAAAUACCAAUUACUGACCAGGAUAUUGUGGAAAAGUGUUAUCGCCCCACAAAUUCGCCAUUCAUAUUUUUAUAGGAAAUAAUUCAUUCGCCCUCGUAAGAAGAGGGAAUAACUACUAUACGUAAUAAUUAAGAAAUCUCUUGAAAAGUACGUGAAAACUUCAUACAAAUUUGAACCACCGUCCAAUUUGUUUAUUUUAAUUCCGAGUCAAAUCAAGUUUCUGAAUAUUGAUUGGACACAAAAUAAAUAUAGGUGGUACUUUCUAAGAGAAUCCUGUAUUUACCAUCCUUCUCUUAAAUAUUGGUAACCCUACCAAACAGAACAAGGAAGAACACAGAGUUAAGGACAACCAUGUUUGCUAUUCAAUUGCAUCAAAUUAAUAUUUUUAUGUUUAGUUAAUCCCGAAUUAUGAAGAAAUAAGUCGCUUUUACUUAAGAUUAGACAAUUUUAACUGGUACAUAAUUUCAAUAUUUUAUGUCACUUAACUUUUGAGAUAAAAUUAUUAUGGCAUUUCCCAUUUGUUAUGGUAAGAUUUAAAUGGAUUAUUCAGUAUUUUUGAGACUUUCAUUCAAAUUUUUAUAACGUUUUUUUCAAUACUAUCUACAGUGCCCCAUUUUCGAUACAAGGGAUUCCAUCGAUUUUGCCAAAGUAUCACACAGCGUACUUAACUUAUCUGUGAUUCAUAUUAAUAGGGAUGACCUCAUUUGGGGGGAGCCUUUGUUACAGGACGGUUUCGCAUUAGCGAUCGUCGUCCUACUGACGGAUGAAAGAUGUCGCACUAAUCUAUAUGGAAAUAUUAGUGACUACAGACUGAAUAGAACCACAAAGUUUGAAGUUACUGUUUCCCAAUCUCCAUGGGAUCACGGGGCAAAGAAACAAAUUACAACGUGGUUAUUCUCUACUCCCAUUGUGCUUAUGGUGUCUAACGUGAUCUUCCUUAUUUUGGUGGCAUCACUAUCCUGGUAUUCUUGGAUCAGGGAAGGGAGCGAAAUAACUUUGAAAUAUGAUCAAGAAGAACCUUCUAAGAGCCUUGGAAUCUUCAGAGGAGUUCCAUACUAUUAUAAGAAAAUCAUCUUCUUGUCGGACUACACAUCAAGUAAACCUCGAUCGUCAAAUAUCAAUGGAACAGAUUUUUUCAAGGACAUCAGUGGCAGCGCGAUUGAAUACUUAAUGGCAGUUUUUUGCAGCAGUGCCCUCUAUCGAAUUUUGACAAUAACAGCAACGUCCGAUAUGUCCGACUGCUACUACAACAGAUUGUGCACUUAUCAGAUUGAAUUGAAUAUGUGGAUAUGGCAUAAUUUGCGCUUUAAAUUCUUCUUGUGGAAUUCCGUUGUAUCCAGUUCAGCCUUUACAUUAGUAGGGGCGGUGUAUUUUAUUUUCGUCAUAAUUCAUGACAAGCUGCAGACAAAAAUUGCGAAAAAAUUAAAAAAAAGAUUACCCGUUCUUGAUCAAAUAUCUGUAAUUUCCGAGCCCCAAGAAGAGAAUCAGUUGCCUGAUUGUGGCCAAAAUUCCGUCCGAGAUACAAACUCAUGUCGAGGGGAUGUCUCUAAUAUUGCGGAAAAUAAUUCAUCAAGCGAAGAAGUAAAUAACAACGAUUCGAAUACUGCAAAGGGACACCAAGGUGAAGGAAUUUUGGAAAAUCAGGAAUACGGAAUUCCAAUCAAGUCCGGGUUGGAUAAAGGUUUGGCAAUGCUGCUGAUCAUGGAAGGCUUCGUUUCAGCGAUGUAUCACAUCUGCCCAAAUCUUGGAAGUUACCAAAUCGAGGCUCCCUUUCUCGACAUGAUUGCCCUCUUGGGAUGGAUUAAACUUCAACGCUUAAGACAUCGCUCCUACAUUAGUGUGCUAUUCACCAGCGUUAUAGCGCUCAUUUUAUCGCUACUCGAACUGUACGAAACAAUUCAGAAAUAUUCUCCUGAUGAUGGAUUUGGACCUUACUUAUUGUUCCCAAUGCCACUCACAUUCAUUUUGAUUUUGAUGUACGCUCUCCACGGUAUUUAUGGAUGCUUCGUGGAUCACAUUUACUCAGAUUUACAAGAUACAAACACUAAUUUGUUGACCGUAAAGGAAGUCGUUUCCGAAUUAACCUCUCUUGCUGAUUGGCGGGACGUGGUUCCUUCCAUUAUCAUAGCGGUCGGGAAUGUGAGUCUGCUUUUUACUUUGUUUGUAAGAAGUAUGCGGGUUAUUACCUAUGGUUGGAAUGGCGCUGAUCCAGUGAGUCCCCCAGAAUACGUGGAUAUGUUGAUUGAUAUGCUACACAUCAAUAUCAUGAUUGGGCUGGCGAUCCAUUUUUUUAAGAAGAUAUACUUUGAAGGAUUUAGACGUACUGACAUUGCCCCAUUGAUGUGUUACACGUCAUACAUUGGGUUCUACGUGGUACAAUGGAAGUAUCACUCUGAUUUAUUUGAUUGGAGUUUAUCGCAAGCUGAGUCUGGCAAUUUGAACAAGGAAUGUUUAGACGGUGUUUAUGAUGGGAAUGACUACUCCAAGGUUUACAAGGCGGCGUACCUCUUUGCAAUGGGAAUGACUGUUACCACAAUCAAUGAUGGAUGUGUUUUGAUGAACAGGAAGUUUAUUCGAGUAUUUUAAGCAAUUCGACAAUUUCUUUCAAGGUGGAAAUCACCCAUCCUAAUUAUUGUCUCUUUCAAUUUACGAAAUAAUGCUAUUAUACGACAUUUUAUUACUAGUUAGUAUUUGCGUGCAUGUGAUUCCAAUUAUUUUGUGUAUAUCACUGCUGCAAAAGAGAUAAAUACAUAAAUAAA